CACAACUCUCACGCAUCGCAUAGACCUUUCUGUCUCCCACACCGUCUAAUGUUCUAAAUCAUCUUCUAGGCCAAGCUGCGCACCGCAUGAACGUCCUUUGAACCAAUCGCUGAACCUGGACAGUCCAGUCACAACUCCUCGCGCGCAUCUGAUAUAAUGACUUCAUUCGAUAUGACACUAGUAAAGCCUUUUGAGACAGAGCAACAAAACCCCGGAUCUUUAGUACCAGAACACGCGUCGAGGUCGAGAUAUAUCGAGGAAAUCGGGGGGAGGGAGGAACUUUGUGACCAAUACAGCGAAGAGAGUGGCAAUGAGGAGAAUAGCCAGGACGAUGAGGACGUCGAUGAUUCCGUCAAGGAAGACAUGAAGAAACUAGAAGAUACAUUCCCAGGAAUCUCGGACCAAUUUCGAUUAGUGAACAGGAUUGGGGAAGGGACGUUCUCAACUGUUUACAAAGCCGAAGAUCUUAUGUAUGACGUCUACAAGAACGACUGGGAUAUGUUUCAAAACAACCAGGACGACGUGCCGACAAGCCCACCGUCCAAGAAAAGGCGUGUAGAAGAUCAGAAUCACCACUCGUUACCAGAUCGGCGGCGAAAACCUCGGUACGUCGCGUUGAAGAAGAUCUAUGUGACUAGCAGUCCAAUCCGAAUCCAGAAUGAAUUGGAACUGCUCCAUGAUCUCCGAGGGUGUCGUUCGGUAUGCCCGUUGAUCACAGCCUUCCGUCACCAAGAUCAGGUUGUGGCUGUUUUGCCCUUCUUCCCUCACACCGACUUUCGCAUACAAUAUCGUACCUUCAUGGUCGCAGACAUGCGGCAUUACUUCCGCUCGUUAUUUACCGCACUUCAUUCAGUCCAUAAGCACAACAUUCUUCACCGAGAUAUCAAACCAACUAAUUUCCUGUAUAACCCUGACCUGCGAGAAGGUGUGUUGGUCGACUUCGGCCUGGCUGAGCGUGAGGGUUCCGAAUACACCGGCACAUGUUUGUGUACCAAUUCAAAGUUAGCCCGUCACGGGCGAGUGCUGCAAAGCUACCAUUACGCCCAUAACUCGACUGCUUCGCUUGCAACCGGCUACCCGAAGAAUGAUUCAAGGCCUUCGAGGCGCGCCAACCGAGCCGGAACUCGGGGUUUCCGUGCACCGGAGGUCCUGUUCAAAUGCACCUCCCAAACCACCAAGAUAGAUAUGUGGUCGUCCGGUGUCAUCCUCCUGACACUACUUGGUCGUAGAUUUCCCUUUUUCAAUUCAGCGGAUGACGUUGACGCCAUGAUUGAGAUGGCCAGCAUAUUCGGGACACGCCGUAUGAAAGCCGCAUCAGCCAUGCAUGGUCAGAUCUUUGAAACCAACAUCCCAACGAUUGGCGAAAAGGGGUACAGCUGGGAGAAGCUUGUCAAGUGGGCCAGUUGCGUAGAGGACCUAACGGAGAGUGAGAAACAGGCGACUCGUCUGCUCGCAGGUCUGAUGGAACUGGACCCCUAUCGACGACUGAGCGCGAAGGAGGCUCUGCAGCACGAGUUCUUCACCGAUCCCAUUGACCACGAUGUGGAAUGGGGCGGCAACCCGGAUGAUAGCGGAGAUACGGGGGAAGACGAUGGCGAUAAAGAAGGCGAGGCAGAUGAGGUGGCGAUGGUUUAGCUUGAUGCGAUUAAUGUAUGACCAUAUGAUCCAGUGUCAAUUCAGAUUGGUGCAAUCAUUCUUAAUGAGCUUUACGCCAGGCAGUUCCACCGCAAGAUACCGCUC